AUGAGCACCACUACCACACAAAACUACCCGCCAAGUCUGUUUUCGCUGAACCCGGUCCAGACUGUCUACGACACCGCCUCCAUCGCCUCGCUACCCAGCAACUCGUCGGCGUCGCCCAAGUUGUCGCCCGCCUCCACCCCUCCCAAACGUGCCCCCACCGACACCUCCGACUUCGGCUCGAGUUCGGGUCUGAACGGUAAGAACGAGUCGGAAGCCUCAUCCAUAAUAUCGGAACGAGACUCGGGCGAGGGCAGCCACUCCUGUAGCUCCAACGUCCCCGACUACGUCGUCAACGGUGUACUACCCGGGCCUAUGCUCCAUAGUACGGCCGGCGCCAACUUUCCCAUCUCGACGAUCCGUUGGGCACCACCCAACAUGGCACGCCCACCCCCUCCAGUUGCUAGCUCUGUUGGUGUGCCACCAGUACCAGGUGUAGCAUCUGUACCAGGAGUACCACCCCCACCACCCUAUUACACCAUGACGUGUCCUCAGAUCGCGGAGACCUCAACCGGCUCAGCCUUCACCCCAACUGGUGCCACUUUAAGAUCAACGAACCCGGUUUUAUUGCCAAAUGGACCAGUUACGAAUGCCAACAACAACAAUGGCAGUACCCAACAUGCCCAACCUACUGUGCCUACCAUCCCCCAGCAAGCUGGAUCACCUCCUCUUGGGCAGAUACUCAACUCAGUACCUCCACCAGUCAGUGGAGGUACAGGGCCGACUGUCCAACCUGACAACGAAAUCUUCGUUCAUGUCGCCCAAGGAGAGAUACUGAUCUUGUACAUUGGAACUGAGCCCCAAAACAUUGCUGGUAAGACAUUUUUUAAAUUUUGAUACCUAAAAUAAAUUUUUUGUCCUUUUUCUACAGUAUUUCAAUAUACAAAACGAUUAAUAUUAUGUUAAAUGGUAAACUGUUUCUUUGUAGGUCCAGCUACAAUUCGCAUGGUAGGCCAAAGUGGAAUUCCACAAACCCGCCUUCCACUUCACGUGCCUCAAGGACAUGUUGUUCAACACGUUUUGGAUGAAAAAGGCUUUUUAAAACAUAUCAUUUUAUCACCACAAAAUGGCAACGGCACUAGGGUCCCUCCUACUGUAAGUUUUACACCAAAAUAUUUUAAAGAUAUAUAUUUUUUAUUCAAACAACAAAGAUUGAAAAUUCGUCAGGAAUUUCUUUUUUCUGUUUAAAAAAGAUUUUAGGUAACAUUUUCAAUAUUUUAUAGCUUAAAGUAUAAAAAUACCUUUUUCAGGCUACGUAUGCCAAUAUAAAAAAUGGUACUCAAAUGGUACGGCCCAACUCAGCAAUUCCAUCAACAACUCCAACCACAAAUACCUUGAAAACCACGGUGCCUACAACAACUACACAGCCGGCUUCGGAGAGCUCUGAACAAUCAAGUAGGUUAUUAUAGUUCAAGCCUAAAUUAUUUUAAAUAUGACCGAGAAGAUGGACAAUAAACACUUAGAAAAUGAAUUUUUCAAGAAAAACAGAAAUUUUAAAGUCAUUUGUGACUUUUCAUCGACAAAUUCGAUAUUUUUGUGGCUUUUCGUCUUUUCUUCGAAUUUUUUUGAAGAAUUUUAAUUUUACUUGGUAAAUAAACUAAAAAAUAGAAUAAACAAUAUUUAUUUCAGAUUCCACCCCCGUAUUGCGGAAAAAGAUCCACCCCAAGAAGGCGACUUCUGUAGCUGGAACAUCUCACGAGAGUAAUGGCACUCUUCCUGAAAACGUAAUAUUUUUGAUUAAUUUUUAUUUUUUGCCUUGUUUUAGAUAAUAUUCUGUCUUUCCAUAGGUUUGUCUGACCUUUAUUAACAUUUUUAUAAACUUUUAAUCAAAUCGACUCAAGGAUAACAUAAUGUAGUGGAUGUUAAAAGAUGUAAUUGAAGAAAAGCUGUUUAGCUUCUCUUGAAAUUUCAGUUUAUAUCUAUAACGUCACUUUUCUUGUCUGUAUGCUGACCUAAUCUAACCUCAGCAUUACGAAAACUGGCUUUAGGAUGUGAUCGAUCAGUAUGAACGUGAACGUCUUCAAGAAGCCUUGAAUCGAGUACAACAACCCACUGUGACUCGAAUCGGCCCCACUGAUGCGGAUGUGCAUUGGAUGGAGCUGGAUACAUCAGAAGCCGCUUCGUCAGGCGGUCCUUUUCCUUAUAUUGAUAGUAGCGAGUUCGAGUAUAAUAUAUUACUAUACGAGAUUACGGCGGGGCACAACAAGUCGUUAAUAACUCAAGCCAAAUGUCCUCCAUUGUCACACCACAACGGGCUGAGGCUACACAAACUGAAGCCGUUGACAGAUUACAAUGUUUGUGUCCGAGCUUCGUUACCAGAGAGGAAGAUAUUCGGAAGACACAGUAAAUCAGCGGCCUUCAGGACAUAUCCUCCAUUGCCUGAAGCACCUAUUAUGUUGAGGAUUAUAUGUAGAGGAGCCUAUCUGAUGGGGUUACAGUGGUCGAUGCCACCAGGGAAUUUCGUCAACAAAUACAUUCUGCAACUUGCCAAGGUACUAGAGUCGAUAUUGUAGUAGAUAGACAUUGUAUUGUGUUUGGUUCUCAUAGUAGUUUUUGUUUGGUAUCUUUUUUUUUGGUUACCUAUUCCUUCUUUUGCUAUUUUUCUUUGUUUGAUGUUGAUAUAGUUUUGUCUCGGUAUUGUGAUAGUAUUUAUGGUUGAACUCAUUCUUAAAUGUAUUAACUGACGUUAUAUUGUUUUAGGGGAAGAAUGAGCCAUUUGAAACCGCUUACGAGGGAUCGUUCGACCAUGCUCGUAUUGGCCAACUCGAACCCGGUACCCAUUACCGUGCUCGUGUAGCCGCUCAGAACGAGACCGGGCAGUCGGAGUUCAGUAACACACUCCACAUCAACACCAAUCCCCUGCCAUCUCAGGUGUUGCCCACGACUUCGGCCAACUCCAACUUCUACCAGCCAAACGUCUACCGGCAGAGCAUGGGCGCAGGCGUCCAUCACAAUCCGCCGCCAUUUGUGCCACUGAUGCAACCGAAGCUGAAUCCACCAACGAUCGUGUUCGUGUCGUCGAGACAGGUCAAGCUGACAUGGCAGGUUCACCCCGAGUUCGCCAAUGUUAUUGUAAGUGGUUUUAUUGAAAAAAAGUUUAAAAAUUAUUUUUAAAUUAUUUUUACUGUUUUGAUGGGGAUUUUUAAAAAAUUCUUAACAAAAAAAAAACAUUGAUCAAAUUGUAGAACUUAAGUUUCAAUUUCAGUUGGAAGUCUCUGAUUCAAUUCGUGGAAAUCCAACGUUCUCUCCAGUAUCACAUGAGUCGUACCAACAGACGAACACUCCUUGUGCCUUGGUAUCUAACUUAAGAAGGUCCGUUAAUUAGAUAGAUGUUAACCCGACUCUGUAACUUACAUCAAUAUCUUCUAUUACUUAAUCCAACAGAACUAUCCUCUUUUACCUAAUCAUAUCAUUUUCAGUAAUCGCGAAUACCGAUUCCGCUUGAGUGGUCACAUUAUGGGUGCAGAAUUCAUAAAAUCAGAAGUUGUAUCAACGAGAACCCACAAAGAUCGCUACGAAGGGUCGAACUACUACAACAACUACAAUGAUCGUGUUCCUCCGCCGACCUUCCACAAGGUCUACGAAGAUGAGAAUCACGCUGUAGAACUCGGGUGGAAACACCAGAGCAGCGACGACGGAAUCAGUUUUUGUGUAGAAGGAGCGGCUUCUUAUCAGAAGUACGAGAAUGGAGAGUAUGCUGAGUACGAGUGGAAAGUGUGCUACAAGGGCCCCAACAUGAGUUGUACGAUCAACGACCCUCACCUGAACUUGUUCAGGGUACAGGCCAACAAACGAGGUCAAACGGUAUGUUGUGGUAGACAGUAUUAUCUGUGUUCAGAUUUUUUGAUUAUUUUGCAACAAUUGCAUUUUCAUUUCAAACUGAUCAUAUGAUCUUUAACAUAUCGUUUUUGCAGAGUGCCUGGUCGGAAAGAGUGUUUGUCAAGCGAAAACCGAAACGACAGCCAAACUCACAGAUAGGACGACAGAAUCAUGUGUACGUGAACCAACAUCACGCGUCUACAUCAGCUCAGAAGGCUGCAACACCUGUCCAAACACAGAAACCAGAGAUCAAUCAGGAAGUGGAGAAAGUGGUCGAAGUACCAAAACCACCAAAAUGUACUCAACCCACCAUCAGCAACAUCACCUUGAACACGAUGGAUGUGAGUUGGACGAGUGAAGACCCAGAAGCCUCUGAUUCUAAAGAAUCCUUGUUGUUUGAACUCCAAAGAGUCGACAAAGAACGUCCUCUACUUGUUUCCUCUGGCAGUCAGACCCAGUUCACCUUGGAGAACCUACGACCGGUCGAACACGUUCAACUACGAGUCAGAAGUGUCAUCAUCGACAAUGAAGGCCAACGAAUCAAGGGAGAGUGGAGCAGCAUUGUGUCGGCUACAACACCGUGCACCGUGACUUCACCUCCUCAGAAUCUGAGGCUGAAGAACGACGAACAAUCGUUCGUUUUGGUGUGGGACUCUCCAGCCUUGACCAAUGGUUCACAAGUCAUCGAAUACUGUGUUCGCUCUGCCAACGUGCCUGAAGGUCAGAAGGAGAAGGCAGGAAAGCUACAACAACUCUACAGUACCGACAAGACGGAGUUGUCGUUGGAAGACCUAUCUCCAGCCAGAAUAUACUUCUUCAACGUCGUAGCCAGGAACGAAGCCGGCCUCUCAGAGCCAUCUAACACAUUGGAGCUGAGCAGUCCAGCUGUUGUGCCAGGCCUACCACAACAAGUUGAAGUUGAGUCGUUGGCAUUGGAAAGUCUUACUGUAACUUGGUCACCGGCUGCCAAAAAUGGAGCUGACAUUGAAGAGUACAAAGUGGCAUUAUACCAAGACAAAGUGCCAGUAGCCCAACAAAUCGUGGCUUCAGAAGUGACUGAAGUCACGUUUAGUUCACUGAAACCUUGCACAGAGUACAAGUGAGUUUUAAAGUUAUGGAAUAGUAUAUUAUCAAAAUUUUUAACAUAAUUUUUUUUGUUUUUUUUUAUUUUUUUUAUGGUAAUUUGAAUUUUUAUCUUGGUUUUUCUUAUUAUAAACAAAAUUUUUUUAGUGUUGAACUUAGUGCCAAAAACAACGUCGGCUGGGGCAAACCUGCCACCAAGAUGGGCUUCACUUUGGACAUUCCUCCAGAGCCACCAAUCCUAACGGCCGCUCAAAUCGCUUCCAACUCUCUUAAACUCAAGUGGACGACAGCAGCCAGCACUUCAGAUGCCUUGGAGACCCUCUACUUCUACCUCGAAAAGGAAUCAGAGAACGGAAAAUUCAUGGCUGUGUACGAAGGAGAGAACCGAUCAGCCAAAGUCAGAGGACUAAAGGAAGCCUCGACUCACAAGUUCAGAAUCCGCGCUUCACAUGCCAGGGGACAGCCCACGUUGGCUGGAAAGUGGUCCAAGGUCUACUCCUUCCAAACCACUGCUCUACCACCAACUGCCAUCAAGAAUGCUCCCUCCGUGACCGAAGUAGGUAACAAUGUGUACCAGAUGGAAUGGCAGCCGUACAAGUCGUUGAGCGGAGCCGAAGACAGUGUCUGCUACAAGCUACAAGUCGCUCUGAAGGCCGUGAAAGGGAAUGAAGGCUGGAAGACCAUUUACCAAGGCAAUUCGACCGCUUUCACUUGGACAGUAUCACCAGCACAAGCCACCUUCACUGGUACACGACAAGCACGAGUACUGGUGGUGCAGAACAAGGAUGGAGAAGAGGUUCACUCUCUUCCCUCACCUGUAGCUCUCUUCAGUAGCAACAGAAGUCCAUCGGAUUCGCCGAGGAAACGAACGGUUAAAUCGACCAGUGGAACCUCGACCCCUGCUUCGACUAGCUCUACUAGGACGCGUCUUAAUGGCACUACUCCUAGGAUUGGUCCUCCGGCCAAACUAGGUCUUUACAAGAGGCUGAAGAGAUCAGUUACGUGUUUCAAGCGGUCGAUUACUGAUAAGGAUUGGCUGAUUGUCCUAAUGGUAAGUUAGCUUCACAAUGUUAAUAUAAUUCGUUUCGCGAUGUUUAUAUAAUCAUAGAAAGGUUAAAGUCUAGUAUAAUAUUGUUGUUUUGAAGGAUUAUCAUCUAACUUAUCAUUACUUUCAGGCCGGUUUCGUAAUUGUUGCCCUUGUUAUCGCCGUGAUGGUGAACUCCUUCUACGAAAAGUAG